AUGCUGGCGGCACAAUGUAACAAGUUAUCGAGCAAGUCACCGCCGCCACUGGCGGAUGCAGCAGUCGGGAAGGGAUUCCACCCUUGGAAGAAGAGUCCGGGGGCGCACUCACCUCCUGUGAGUAGCGCAACCCCUCGCUCGCAGCCACCAUCCUGUGCACCUUACGGACGUGCCCCUACAUCCUGCGCGGCUGCGCCCUCAUACGGCAAUGAUCUCUAUUUCCCCCCGUCUGGAGACCAGUUACUCGGCAAAAGUGAAUCCAGUGCUAGUCUCGGGUCUAUGUACUCGCGACAUCCUUAUGAAUCAUGGCCUUUUAAUGUCGGUGGAGGAGGUGGCAGUGGAGCUCUGAAAGCCGCCGAAAUGAGUGGUGUCAGUGCUGUCGGUAGCACUUGGUGGGAUGUGCACAGCGGAUGGCUGGACGUCGGUGGACAAAUGGCCAACUAUGCUGGCCAAGAUUACUCCCAACUUACGCAUUCGCUUUCUGGUGGAGCACAUUUACUGCCACCGGCUCCCCACCUUUUGCAAGAUGCAUAUAAAUCUGUUUUACCGACUCAAGGAUCUUUCGGACUACAUGGACCAGGCUCACCAGCACCGCCCGCGCAGGCACCCUCACCUCGAUCGCAGCGACGUUAUGCUGGUCGAGCGACUUGUGAUUGCCCUAACUGUCAAGAAGCAGAAAGAUUAGGACCGGCGGGUGCCCAUUUAAGAAAAAAGAACAUACACAGCUGUCACAUACCGGGCUGUGGCAAGGUUUACGGCAAGACUUCCCAUUUAAAAGCUCACUUGCGUUGGCACACUGGCGAGCGACCGUUCGUGUGCAAUUGGUUAUUCUGUGGAAAACGGUUUACACGCUCCGAUGAGCUGCAACGACACUUGCGUACCCACACCGGGGAGAAGAGGUUUGCGUGUCCGGUAUGCAAUAAGAGAUUUAUGCGGUCGGACCAUCUCGCGAAGCAUGUGAAGACACAUAACGGUGGCAAGAAAGGUAGUUCAGAUUCUUGUUCGGAUUCUGAGGAGAAUAGUCAAGGAGAGGGAGGAGCGGGCGGCCGGUCACCGGAGCAUUCUCUAGACGUGAAGCCUAGUGCACUGGUGUGA